UGUCAUGUGAUAGUUGCUGCUGUGGCCACCCCGAACCUCUGAGCGACGCGCUGUUGCUGACACGAGCUGGAUAAGUCUGUAACCCCUUUUUUUUUUUUAAUGAAGUCUAAAUAAACCCCAAGCCGAGUUGUAUGUUUGUUAGCUGCUUUCUGCGGGAAAACCGGGAAGCCGGAAGGUACCGGACGCUGCUGCCAUGGGGUGCUGUUACAGCAGCGACAACGAGACAGCAGACCAGGAUAAUGAACGCAAGCCGCUGAUCACCCACCCGAACCCUGUCAGCAAGCCCCCUAAUGGCACAGACUGGAUCACUCCUACGGUCCCCUCAGCCCGAACAGAUGAACAGGCCCUGCUCACAUCCAUCCUCACCAAAACGGCACAGAACAUCAUCGAUGUGUCGGCGGCUGACUCAGUCAUUAUGGAGCAGCAUGAAUAUAUGGACAAAGCUCGGCAAUACAGUACAAAACUUGCUGUAUUGAGCAGUAGUGUGCCCCAGAAGAAAGCCCUGGGUCUCCCCUCCCUUACCAGCCAGCCCCACCAAGUGCUCGCCAGCGACCUGGUGCCAUACUCUGAUGUUCAGCAGGUAUCCAAGAUAGCGGCAUAUGCCUACAGUGCAAUCUCUCAAAUCAAAGUGGAUGCUAAAGAAGAACUAGUAGUCCAGUUUGCCAUUCCUUGAUCCUACAACUCUGGCCUGCGUAUUGCUCCUCCCAACGUGUGUGUGUCUCUGUCACUCCCGCAUCUUCAUACCUUCUCUUCACCAAUUUAUCAAAGUCUUGUGCUUCUUGGCUUUGGCUCCAAAUGCAGCGUAGACACAGACAAUGGAACGUAGUACCACAACGGCCAUAUCAUCACACUGUACAAAAUCGUGGGUCAGUGAGAAGUUGUUCUGCCUUACAAAACCAAUGGCUCUAUCAGUGCACAUUUAGGAAAUUUGGCCUCCCCUGCAUCACAACUUUAGCCAAAAUAAAAUGUAGAAGUCCUGUCAUUGCUAGUUGUUCUUUAUUAUAACUCAUUUCAUUUUCAUUUUUGUUUACUGUGAUCAGUUUUGGAUAUCAAUCUGAAGGAGGUUAUAUUAGUUUAAACUAAUAACUUUUAUUGGUAAGCAUUUCAACUCGAUACACAGCUCAAUACUAUAAGAGUAACUGACAGGCCAUAGUUUUGUCUGUUUACACUGUUGAGGAUGCAAUAGGCUUCACUGCAGUGAAGUUUGAUAUCGAUUCAAAUCCUAUACAGCACUGGAGGCCUAUGGUUCCGGAGGUGGGAGGGGGUCUAUGCGGGACAGAUGUGUAUUUUUUUGCCUUUGUACAGAACUUUCUGGCUAAUUCUAAAACUGAAGAUGAUUGUAGAAGGUGUUUUGUAGAAAGUUAACAAUUGGCUGUGAUCUGGGGUGAUGACAACCAUUUUUAUGAAAACCAACAACACUUGAGGGCUGUGUUUGUCAGCUUUCAAACAAAGCUUUUGGCUGCCGAUUGUAAUAUGAUUUGUUCGUAUUAAUCGAAAACUAACCAAUGUAGCAGUGUGGGGAGAGCGUUAACAAUCCAUUGUACCACAACAGAUCAAAGGAUCCAAGAGCUUUUUUGAGAUUAUUUAUUUUGUGUUUUUAAACAUUUUGCGUUUCAGAGAAGAGCGCAAGAAAACGAGCUGGGAGCACAGUGAGGUGCUCUAAAGGGAUCUCGUGUAAGGCUGUGAUUAUUUUAGCUGCACAUUUGAGCUGUUGGCAAAGGGUUCUUGGCAUUUUUUUCAGUUUUUGUUUUGUUUCUCAGAUGUGUAAUACUACCUGAAAUUUAUUUGGAAUAUCUUAGGCUAGUACCCCAAAAACCUGGACCCUUUUUUUUUUGUUUGUUUGUUUAUUAAUUCAUUAAAAAGUUCCAACAGCUAUUGUAUUUGAUUGAGUUUUUCAAUUUAGUAUUAGUACAAAUGUCACUUUUGGAUUUUUAAACUUAAAAUAAACCAAAUCUACUUGUAAAUGAACUGCACACACCUUUUUAAUAAAGGUCUUAUGAAACCGUUUGGAUAUGUUGCAACUUCGAAUAUAGUUACUGAAGUUUGUCCUUAUUUCUUUUGCCUGCAUUGCUACUGUGGUGCCAUAUAUGUGCCAAGCCUUGCACCUUCUUGAGGGGUCACAACACUGAAGUCCAAAGCAGGUAUCACGUGAUUCCUGAACAAAAAAAAAAUAAUAAUAAUGAUGUCUAAGUAAGUCGACUUAAACAGGCUCACCUCCACAACACAAAAUAAUUAUUGUCAGAGAUGAAUAUGUUGAACUAGCAACCCUUUUCUCUUAGUGGUAACUCUUUUCCCACUAGGUUGUAAUAUGAGCUUGAUCUGAGUUUAGACACUUGUUGCAAGGUUACUCAACAACAUGCUAGCCAGUACUGCUUAUGCAUAGCUCUCUUUCUCCUAGUAUGGAUUCACUAAUCAAGCUGGGAAUAAAUCACUUACUGUAAACUAUAAGUACAUUUCUUAAAAUAACAACUUGUGUUCUGCUUGGUCUUAACCCACAGUCUGUUUCCAUGGUAACGUGUCGAGGACCACAUUGGCUAAUUCUACCCGAAUUAAGUCUGUCACUCUUCCAGUUCAUAAAAUACCAAUCAAAAGUAAAUGUAUGUAUUUACGAUCGCUUGAGUAACGGUUGGAAGUUGGUUGUUGGUAAUUAUUUUAUGUUUAACAUUUUUUGGCCAAACAUUCAUCACCAUGUGUUGCUACGGCCAGCUGUGCAGGUCCCCCCCCCCCAAAAAAAUGAUAAAAAUCUUAAAAAUGUGCCAUGAUCGAUAAAUUUCCGGCCUUCUACCCAAUCGUAGUCAUUUAUUUUGGGAUGCGUCCUCCGGCGAAAUGUGAUUGAUUGGUUUAAUCUUUGUGAGACAGUUUUUGCAUUUGUACGACUUCAUAGGCCUGGAUGGACUCGAUGGGGUGGUGUACUUUCGAUGUUGAGCUACAUAGAGAAAGAAUCAAUGUAUUUAAAUGUUGACAACUUUCAAAAAAUGUUUUUUUUUUGCUGCUGAUUUGUUCGUAAUAAU